CAGCACCAACGCUAGCUUGGCGCGUUGAUACUGUUGACAGCUGUAAAGUCCAGAGCUGCAGACGAGUACAAAGAAUCAUCAAACGUCAUAGUUAAUUUCGUCCAAACUUGCUGAAGAUGCUGUCUUACAUCGUCGGUGUGAGUAACUCUCUAAGAAAAUUGAUCAGGAGCGGCUUUGAUGGAAUCAUAAACCUCAUCUUCAGGCUUCUCUUCUCCAAAAGGAGGCCCGCUAUCACCUUGGAGGACCCCAACAUCAAGUAUGCACUGCGGCUCAUUGAUAAGCAGAUUGUCAGCCAUGAUACCAGGAAGUUCCGCUUUGCCCUGCCGUCCACUGAACACGUCCUGGGUCUCCCCGUGGGACAGCACAUCUAUUUGUCGGCCAAGAUUGACGGUAAACUGGUGGUGCGACCUUACACACCCGUGUCCAGCGAUGACGACAAGGGCUACGUGGACUUGGUCAUCAAGGUUUACUUCAAAGGGGUCCAUCCCAAAUUCCCAGAAGGCGGGAAGAUGAGUCAGCACCUGGAGAGCCUCAGGAUCAAGGACACCAUUGACUUCAGAGGACCCAGCGGCCUUCUGGUGUACAAGGGCAGAGGUGUUUUUGCCAUCCAGGCAGACAAGAAGAGUCCAGCUGUCACAAAGACAAGCAAACAUGUUGGAAUGAUCGCUGGCGGCACCGGGAUCACACCCAUGCUGCAGCUCAUCACGGCCGUCAUGAAGGACCCUCAGGACCAGACGGUUUGCCACCUGCUGUUUGCCAACCAGACGGAGAAGGACAUCCUGAUGAGAUCUGAGUUGGAGGAGAUUCAAGUCAACAACCCGGAGCGCUUCAAGCUGUGGUUCACUGUGGACCGAGCACCUUCCAAGUGGGAGUAUAGCGAGGGCUUCAUCAGCGAGGACAUGGUGCGGGAACAUCUGCCUCCGCCCGCCGACGACGUAGUCAUCCUGAUGUGCGGCCCCCCUCCCAUGAUCCAGUUCGCCUGCAACCCCAACCUGGACAAGGUGGGACACGCAGCCGAGCGCAGGUUCACCUUCUAGACGGAUUUAGUUUGUGCGUUUAUACCACGCGGUUUUAUCGCUACUGCCACCCGGUGGUCACACGUGGACCAUUCUGAGCUCACUUGACUGUCACAAAGAUCAAGGUGCCUUCAAUUAUUUAGUUAUUUUGCAUCUUUAUCACCAACAAUCUUGUUCAUGACUAAAUAAUCAAGACAGCACUUUAUUUGAUGCAAAAUAGACCACUUGCCAUCAAGAAAAGAGGAUUCCAUAUGCCUUGGGCAAAGAAAUGUUAAAAACAGCAACAUGCAUCAUUGUUGAAUUGUAUGCAGCAAAACAACUUUCCUUGUUGUGCUUCCACACUGUCAUGUUAACAUGCUAAACCUAAAGCAGUAAAAUCAAACAACACACUUGUCA